CUUAUUCACUCAUUUUACUUAAUAACUCACGGCGAUUGCAGGCUGCAGCCGUGGCACAGGAGCGAGCACAGCGGAUCCGGACACGGACGCGGACACGGACUCAAAGUUGCAGUUACAGUGGGAGUGGUAUAGUUGUUGGGUUGACUGGUUGUCGGUUGUCGGUUACCUGGCUGCCAUAAAUGAGGCAGGGAGUCGGCAGGUGUCGGCGGGUGGGGCUCCUGCUCCUGCAACUCUGCCAGGCGUCAGAAAAGUUUAACGUCCUCUCGCAUGUGGCACAGGUGGCAGCAAGUGGCGGAAAAUGUUUCACAGGAAAAGUUGAUAGUCAAAGAUCAUAACUUCGGUCGGCUACUAAGCCUUCCAUUAGCCAUCUAAAUUCUCUCUCUCAUACAAGAAACUUUUAUUAAAUGUAUGGAUUAAAUUAUGUGUAAAUCUGCAAACAGUAAAGUAUUUUUCUUUUAGUAAAAGUUUCACUAAAGUUUUAAAAAAAUAAAUACAUUUACCAUACGACAAUGGGUCGGUUCCCUGCAUUGUUAACAUUAAUUGCCACUUAUUACAGGAAGAUAGUUGAACAUAAUAUAUUACGAUAUAUGUUUUGUUGAAUGGCUACGAACUAUCCUGCCUGUAGAUCUUGAUUUCUGUUUGUCACCUGUUCUUCGGAAGUGUCUGGAAAUCUUAUAUAUAUGGAUAUAAGUACCCAUGCAAGCCAUGCCUACAUACAGGUAUACACUAGAGCUCUGUUUGGGUGUGUGUGCAUUUAAAUCCUUAUUGCGACACCUGCACAAAGCAAAUACCAAUUAAAGGCUUUUCACAUGCAGCCCCACGUGAGUUCGUCUCUCCCUGGCGACCGCACUGCCAACAAACUGGUCUGGAGGCGAGCAGGAUGGGGGGGUGGCAGUUGUGUGUGGUGUGGUGUGGGGCAAGGAGCAGAGACCACACUCACAUGCUAUUAAGUUGCCACAUCCCACCAACAUCCACAUCCACACCCACUUCAACCCACACCUCCUCAGGCACUCCAAACUGACAACAAACAAAUUUAACCAACGAGUAGCUGACCGUGUCGUGCCAGACCAAUUUAUAUGGCCGGGUCGGACAGUCGUCGUCCAGCCAGUCCGAAACGAAGGCCCAAGACCUUGCGAUCGGCUUAUUGAACGUCUCUGGGUCCAACAGCAGCAGCAGCCAUGGCCCGGCAAAUAGAUGCGGCGGCCAAUGGCCAGAAACAUGGACAGAGACACAGUUGGAGGGAGCUGGGUUGGAUAUUUGUAACCUACUUAAAGGAUUACUGCGCCAAUUGUACUCUGGCCGGUUUCUCCUACAUUGCCAAUUCCAGGCUUCAUCCAACGGAGCGCAUCUUCUGGCUGAUUUGUGUCGUACUCUCGGCCAUGGGCUGUUACUAUCUGAUCGCCGACUACCAGCGCAGCUUUCCCAUACGGGCCGUUAGCAUUGUCUACGAGAGUUUGCCACCAUUUUCCAACUGGAAAUUUCCGACUGUCAGCGUGUGCGAAGUUGUCUACAAAUACGACCUGGGACCCGAAGUGGAGGAUUACGUAAGAAGUUUGGGUGGCGACGUCGAUGGAGAUUAUAACUUCGAUGUGGAGACCCAUGUCUCGUUUAUUCUGUUUCCCCAUCAAUACCACGAAGGCACCAUCAAAUCGCAUUGUCAAACACCCGAAAACUGCGACGAAUGCGCUACCUGUCCUAAGUCGGACUACCGCCAGUUGUUGACCAGGUUUGGGGCCAACUGUUCAGAUGUGUUUAUACAGUGCAAACUUUCGCAUCGUGAGUUCGAUUGUUGUCAAUACUUUCUGCCCUUGAUCACGCCCUUCGGCCGUUGCUAUAUGCUCAAUUCGCUGCAGAAUAACAUACGUGGCUCAGAGCACUGGCUGCCCAACAGCCUGGAGCCCGGCACAGAGACGGCCUUGAUGGAACUGCUCACCCAUCGUCCGGUGCAGGUGAAUCUGCUCAACGAGGAGGAUAUACCGCACACGGCCCUGGCUGCUGUUGGGGUAAGUGUCACGGAUCCGGGCCAGCACAAGACCUUCCAGUUUCACAUGGAGUUGAUGAAGAACGAUUUGGAUGUACACGAGAUAGAGCCGAAGGCACGUAACUGCUACUUCCCCGAGGAGGUGUUGCCAUUCAGUGUGUACAAGGCCUAUAGCUUCAGUACCUGCAUCACCGAUUGCACGCGCCAGUUCCAGAUGAAGAUGUGCGGCUGUACUCCAUAUAUGAUGAAUCCCUUUGCUGAUCCGCGUUAUCCGGACUGCGAUCUGGCCGGAUUCAACUGUUUGGAAUCGCAUUUCAUGGUCAAACCGGACGCCAAGCUGCUGCUGGGGAAAAGUAAUGGCAAGACCAACUGCGAGUGCCUGCCAUCCUGCAACGAGGGCGAUAUCCGAGCUAUUUACGAGUCGGUGUCCGACUUCAAUCGGAGCAGCACUGCUCGGAAUAUAACGCUCUCCAUGCCGGCUCUGCCCACGGAUCGGUAUCGCCGGAUGGCACUUCGCACACGGUUAGACGUUGUGGUGUCCACGGGCGGUAUGCUGGGCCUCUUGCUUGGCGCCAGCAUCCUCAGUGGCAUCGAGUUUAUCUACUAUUUCACAGUGCGAGCGCUGAACAACGUGCUGCAGGCGCGCUCUCACCGUGCGUAAUUGGUCGCUUGCCAGGGGCCGAUUUAAAUUAUCUCGGCGAUGUUCCCAAAAGCAGAUACUCCGCCCAGAUGGAAAUACAGGCAGACAGAUAAAGACAGAGAUGGGGCAAAAUCUGGAAGAAAGCAGAGUCUGGAAUACACAUUCGCUUGAGUUGGGUUAUUCCUUGACCUGAGUCGCAUGUGGCGUAUGCGCAAUUUAAAAAUUUUAUUAAAUAUUUGCUCGCCUCGGUCACUGCAAUGCGCAUUAAAAAUGCAACCAUGGCAUGCAGUCAGAGGAUGCCAAGGAUACCAAGGAUACCGAAAACGUGAAUGCCACGAGCCAAGUGUGAAGCUGAAAAUCAAUGAAACUCACAAUUUGCACAGUCAGCAAAUGCCUCUUGGCGACAACGACAACUGCAAUAUACAUAUAUCUCCUCGAGUAUAUGGUAUGUAUCUCUAUAUAUGUAUAUGUAUACUUUUGGCCACCUCUCAAGCUUCAUAAGAUUUUCAUUUGGUUGGCUCGUGUUGCUUAGUUUUAAAUAUUUAAAAUGCCAUAACAAUAGAAAAGACCCCCGGAAGGCAAAACUCACUCAAAGGCAGAGGAAGAGAAAUGUAAUCACAUUAAUUCUUUGCCGGUUUUUCCUUUUGCAGUUGCCUUUGCCUUUUGCCCCUUUUUCAGCUUUUGUUACUUUGGUCACCUCCACAAAGGUUAAUUAAUUACGCUCUACGCCAAUUAACGCCGAGGUAUGGAACGGGAAUGGGCCUAAGCUUUUACCAUUUGGGAAAUGGCCACAAAAAUAAGGUUGCAUUUGGCGGAAUUUUCUUUCGAAAGCGGAGCAAAAUUUGACAAAAAAGAAUUAUAAAUAAAUGAUGUUUAAAAAACAAGAAUAAUGCUUAGGAUGAUUUCAGAAAUGAACGGUAAUUAAAAAUAUAUGAAAAUACAUACAAAUUAAUUUCGUAUGUCAUUCCCUACUCACAAAUUAUUAUUUCUUA